AGAUAAGUGUUAUGGAAGGACCCAGGCCUGUUGUUCUGAGCGGCCCCUCGGGGGCAGGGAAGAGCACUCUUAUGAAGAUGCUGCUGAGGGAUUACGAUGGAGUCUUUGGCUUCAGCGUGUCACAUACAACAAGGAGCCCACGACCAGGAGAGGUAGACGGCAAAGAUUACCACUUCUCCAACAGGGAGGCUAUGCAGGAGGAUAUUGACGAUGGGACAUACAUUGAGAAUGCAGAGUUUUCCGGGAACCUGUAUGGAACAAGCAAGUCUUCUGUAGAUGAAGUGCGGGCCAAUGGUCUCAUCUGCAUUCUGGAUGUGGACAUCCAGGGAGUGAGGAACAUCAAGCAAACUGACCUGGACCCUAUCUAUGUCUCUAUCCAGCCCCCCUCUAUAGAGAUCCUGGAAAAGCGUCUGAGGGACAGAAAUACGGAGACAGAGGAGAGUCUGCAGAAGCGUCUGGAGGCAGCACGGGUUGACAUGGAGCUCAGCAACGAGCCUGGAGUGUUUGACAUGCUUAUUGUCAAUGAUGACUUAGAGGAGGCUUAUGAGAAGUUGCAAAGUGUUCUUAUUGAGGAAAUUACUAAAGUUCAGUCAACCAAGAAAGAAAGAUGCAAUUCUAUUAUGUCAGGACCCAGGCCUGUUGUAAUAAGUGGCCCCUCAGGGGCAGGGAAGAGCACUCUGCUGAAGAAGCUGCUGAAGGACUACAAGGGAGUUUUCGGCUUCAGCGUAUCACAUACAACAAGGGACCCACGUCCAGGAGAGGUAGAUGGCAAAGGCCUGUUCGGUCUGCCUAUGCUUCUGGGGGCUAUGUUACUGCCCGUAGCAGACGUCCUAUCUUCUGUUUCAUCCGCAGAUUACCACUUCACAAACAGGGAGGCUAUGCAGGAGGAUAUUGACAAGGGAGAAUUCAUUGAGACUGAUGAGUUUUCGGGCAACCUGUACGGAACAAGUAAGAGUGCUGUACAGGACGUGAGGGCCAAGGGCCUCAUUUGUAUCUUGGACGUGGAUAUCGCAGGAGUGAGGCACAUCAAGGAGACUAACCUGGACCCAAUCUACAUCUCUAUCCAGCCCCCCUCUAUUGAGGUCCUGGAAGAACGUCUGAGGGGUAGAGCAACGGAGACAGAGGAGAAAAUACAGAGCCGCCUGGAAGAAGCCCGGACUGACAUGGAGGAGUGCAACGAGCCUGGAUUGUUUGACAUUGUCAUUGUCAACAGCGACUUGGAUGAGGCCUAUGAGAAGUUGCAAAGUGUUCUUAAGGAGGAAAUGUCGGAUGUGAUUCUGAUGAAGGCCUUUCAAGGCCAAACCUGCUAUUUAAUUUCAUUUUAAUAGUGUUUAUUGGUAAUUACACAAUUGGAACAAGGACUUUGUCAUUACAAAUGCCCUCGCUGAAGGUAAUUCCACACAAAUCCACUCGCUGAAUGAAGGUAAUUCCACAUGUGUAGUGACUCAUAAUCUAUUUUAUGUUGUUAUUUUAUUACACAACGUCCUUGAUCCAGUAUGCAACUAAUAUGUUUUGUAAUUAUACUUUUGGAAGUCACCUGUGUAUUACCAUGUCAAGAACUCCAACCCCAAAUGGGUAAAUGAGGCGACAUUAGGCAUAACCCUUUUGAUUACUUUGUACUACAUCACAACAUUUGACAAAAAACUUUGUAAUUGCAAUGUUGUUAUAAAGGAUAUACAUGUAUUUACCCAAGAGCAAGCAACUUAAUAUGUAGUUACCGUUUUUGGAGAAGGUAAGACAUGCUUUGAUUUUGUUAACCUGGCCACUAUCUCCUCAUGAUAACUUUUUAACGUUCAUGGCAUAAAACCAAUUCAAAUUGUUUACAAUGUUUGUUUUUGACCAUGUAAUGUAGCUACAGGCCUAGCUACUCGUCUACAGCAUUGUAUUAAAUGAGAUUGAUUUUGAAUAUGAAUCUUUAUUAAAUCCAUUAAAGGCCCAGUGCAGUCAAACUUCUGUUUUUUUGCCUGUGUUUUGUAUCAUUUUGCACAGCUGAUGAAACUAACACUGUAAAAAGUGGGGGAAAAAAAUGUGAUCAGUGUUAUGUCCCGGUAGCUGCUGGUUGAAAAUACAACGUAUACAGGAUCUUCUAUUUGGCAGAUUUUGCAUGGAUGGAAUUCUUUGGCCUGCCACAUGAGAUCACAAGGCAAAAUACUUUCAUAGGCCUAUAACAAAAGAGACUUUGUAACUAUAUAGUAAUUCAAAAAGGUUACUUCACUCUACCUUAAGUUGCUUGCUCUUGGGUAAGCACAUUGUAAAUACAUGUGCAACCUUUGUGACAACAUUCUUCUAACCGUAACAUUUGAUCAGUGGGGAUCUGUGAGAAAAAGCCUUCAGAAAAGGUCUAAGGAUGUGUAAAAUUAUGUGUUCUUUUUAAAAAUUUACAUUUAAAAUGAAACAUUUUUUUCGAUCAUUUAAAUUAUAUUCUGAUUUCACCUCUUCAGUUUGUGUUGGAAAGGGAAGGGUUAAACACGGAAGAGAAAAAAAGGUCCAGUCUGAAUUUUUCUUUGGUGGUUUCUGGGGAGACAAAUCUAGCUAGCUAAAUCAGCCAUUGGCGAGGCCCUCAGACACUAGACCGCAUGUUAAUUAAUUAAUUCAAUCUCUAUUUAACUAGGAAAGUCAGUUAAGAACAAAUUCUUA